CUUCCAUAAUCAAGUUUAAGGAGACCAGUGAGUAAACCCUAGCCAUAGCCAUACAUACAUCCGUAAACCCUUCCGAUUCCUCCUUUCAAACCAUGGCGCCCGAAAUCGCCCCUGUAGAUCGACCUUUACCCGCAGCAUCUUCGGACGAAGACGCAACGUCUUACGCAACAUCCGACGAAGACGAACAGAAGUCCGAGCAAGAAGAAGUAAUUGAUCAAUCGGGAUCCGAUUACAGCUCUGGAGGGGAACACGAGGUUUUCAAGCCAGACUUUGGUCAGAAACCCCAAUCGUCUUCGGAAUCUGAUGAUUCCUCUGCCGAUUCCCAGGAAGGUGAGGCCUCACCAUCCGCAUCCGGCUUCGCCCUACUGCCCCGUGCAGCUUCCAAGACUACUCCGACUUUCUCCCCAAACGUUACGGAAUCUCCGAAGCAGGUAUCUUCAAGGCCAUCUGGAAAGCGUGACUUGGAGGCCGAAAUGAAAGAUUCCCAGAAGAAGAAGAAGAAGAAGAGCAAAACCGGGGAAGAGGUUCCGCUUAAGGAAGUAAAGAAGUCUGGGGCUAAUCGACUGUGGAGUGAAGAUGAUCAGAUUGCUAUUCUCAAAGGAAAGAUUGACUACGAGGCCGAAAGAGGAACCAGGAUGCGUCCUAUCUCCUUCUAUGACUUCAUUAAGGAUAAAUUGAAUGCUUCUCUUUCGAAGAGUCAGAUAAGUGAUAAGAUUAGCAGGCUUAAAAAGAAUUUCUUGACCCUUUAUGAGAAAGGUGAGGUCCCUACUUCUGAUAAGCCUCAUGAGCGUAUGGUUUAUGAACUUUCUGAACAGAUUUGGGGCACUUCUAGUAGUGCCAAUGCUAAAAGUCCUGAUGGUACUAGUGAUAUUGCUAAACCAAAUGCAAAAAAUGCCAACGGGAAGAGAAAAAGGCUUGCUGAGGAAAACGACAUUAGCCAUUCCAUGAAAGCUGCUGAAUCUGAAGCAGUGAGUGAAAAGAAGAAGAAGAAGAAGAUUGGUCAUAAGGACAAAGAGAGUGAGAAGAAAAAGAAGCAGAAGACUGCUCCAGAGGAAAAAGAUGAACAAAGUCCUGCUGUUGAAAAAGAUAAGCAAACUGCAGGUAAGGGUAAACACAGCCAUUCUGCCUCUAAGGUGGAGAAAGACAGUGAGACUGAUAAAAGGAAAAAGAAGAAGCGGAAAUCUGCUCCAGAGGAGAAAUAUGAACAAACUGCUGUUGUUGAAAAACAUAAGCAAACUGCAGGUAAAGUUGAAGGCAGCCAUUCUGCCUCUAAGGAAACAGACAUCCAGACAGAUGAGAAGAAAAAGAAAAAGAAGCAGAAGAGUGCCCCAGAGGAAAAAGAUGAACCAACUGCUGUUGUUGAAAAGGAUAAGCACGCUGGCGGUAAGGGUAAAGACAGCUGUUCUGCCUCCAAGGAAAAAGACAGCAAGACUGAUGAGAAGAAAAAGAAAAAGAAGCUGAAGACUGAUCCAGAUGGAAAAGAUGAACAAAUUGAUGCUGUAGAAAAAUGUAAGCAGAUUACUGAUAAGGGUAAGGACAAUCAUUCUGCUUCUACGGAAAAGCAAAAGCGGACUGCUAAUAAGGAUAAAGACAAUCAUUUUGCUUCUGUGGUAAAAUACAGCCUGUCUGUUGCUAAGGUAAAUGAUGGAAAAGGUGACUACAUUGCUGCUAAGGAAAAUCAUAAACAGGUUGCUCUGAAAGAUGCAAUUCAUGGUGAAGUGAAGAAUGAGGAAGGGGAUUUUCAGUACAAAUACCCCUACUUGUUUGACUCUUUCAAUAAGGAAAACUAUCCAAAGACUGAUCAGGAGACAUUGGAUGUGUUGAAGGAAAAUGUGAUUCUAAUUGACAGUUCCAAAGCUGCCGAGCUUGAGAAGACAUGGACCAAACUGUGGGAACAAAAGGUUAAGUUCUUCGUGAAGGUGGGAGAUAUGUUUGCACUGCAGGCUAGAUUUAUGCUUGAUGCUAUGAAGAGGUAACUGUGAACCUGCCAGGUCUGAUUUGAUGUAUGAUAUGGAACAUAAUUUUUUGCACUUUUGAUAACUAAAGUUGAGAUUCUGCUGCUAUUAAGCUGUUAGUUUGAAUGUUUCUUCUCGUUUUUUGGAGUUGGUUAGGGACUUAGGGUUAUGUUUUUGAUUUCGUAAUCAUGAUAAAAGUUUAUCAUAUUUAAUUAUGAUCUUGCCUUCAAA